AUGGCUAGGAUCGUUAUUUUCUUCUCCUCUUUUCUUCUCUCCCUAGUCCUCUUCCAAAUACUCCUCCUGGUAGGGCUCCUAAGCGCGAAGAGGUUUUCAGGUUUCCCUGAAUAUUGCCUUCAUGACCGAGACUAUGAGGAUCUGCUGAAGAUCGUCAGAAACGGGCUGGGCAAGGCAGCUCGUCCAGCAAACGUGGUCGUCGCUGGCGCAGGAAUAAGCGGGCUUACAGCAGCGAAGCUGCUCCGAGAUGCGGGCCACAAUGUCACCGUUCUGGAAAUGAGCGAUCGGGUGGGCGGGCGGAUCAAGACGUACCGACCGGAGGGACAGGACUGGUACGUGGAGCUGGGAGCCAUGCGCCUGCCAGGCAAGCACAGGCUCGUCCGUGAAUUCAUUAAGCAGUUUGGCCUGAAGCUAAACCCGUUCAGGCUGACCGACGACAGAGCCUGGUACUUUGUGAACGGCGUCCGGGCGAGAGCUGGGGAAGCGAACAAAAACCCCGACAUCCUGAACUACGCAGUGAAACCAUCCGAGAGGGGCAAGAAUGCCCAACAGCUUUACAGAGAAACCCUAAACAAGGCUUUCAAUGAGUUCCAGACCACAGACUGCAAGAAAUACCUAGAUAAAUACGAUUCCUUCUCCACCAAGGAGUACUUGAUUAAAGUAGGAAAUCUAAGCCGAGGAGCAGUUCAGAUGAUCGGUGACUUGUUGAACGAGGACUCUGGAUUUUAUCUGUCCUUCCUCGCCUCACUGUGGGAUUUCGAUGUCUUCUCUAACGAGAGGUUUGACGAAAUCACAGGAGGAUUCGAUCAGCUCCCCGAAGCCUUCCACAAGGCGUUGCCCAACGUCAUCCAGUUCAAUUCCACGGUGGAGAAAAUCAUGACCAAGGGAAACAAAGUCCGUGUGUUUUACCGCGCUCCGGACACUCUGGUCCCAACCGUAGUCACUGCAGAUUACGUCCUUGUCACAUCCACCGCCAAAGCCACCAGGCACAUCCAAUUCCUGCCACCGCUCUCUUCUCCAAAGACCCAAGCCCUGCGCUCCGUCCACUACGCGGGCAGCUCCAAAAUAGCCUUGGCUUGCACCGAGAAGUUCUGGGAGAAGGACGGCAUCCGAGGAGGGCAGUCCAUCACCGACCGCCCUUCCCGCUUUAUCUACUACCCCAGCCACAACUUCUCCAGCGGGGUGGGCGUGAUCCUGGCUUCCUACACCUGGAACGAUGACGCCGAUUUUUUCCUGCCUCUCACGGAUGAGCAGUACCUGGAUGCCAUCUUCCAAGACCUGUCAGACAUCCACCAGGCGAGCAAGGACUACCUGCAGUACACCUGCGACCAGUACGUGAUCGAGAAGUGGCAGCUGGACAAACACGCCCUGGGGGCAUUCUCGUCCUUCACCCCUUACCAGUUCACCGACUACUCGCAGGCUCUCUUCGAGCACGAGGGCAGGGUGCACUUCGCAGGGGAACACACAGCCCAGCCUCACGCCUGGAUCGAAACCUCCAUGAAGUCGGCCAUCAGGGCCGCGAGCAACAUCCACCACGACAGCGGCGAAGCCCAGAUGCCGAAGGAGGAGGAGCAGGAGCAGACGAGGAGCGUCUUGCAGAAGGAAGAUCUCUGA